AUGGCUGCCACGGCACCAUCCGGUGGAAAUGCCACUUUCAGAGACAAGGAGAAGCCCAUGGCUGUGAGGUCGUCUAAUAUUGUGGCCGCCCGAGCCGUCGCCGACUCCGUCCGAACCUCGCUCGGUCCCCGUGGUAUGGAUAAGAUGAUUCGAAGCGGCAAGGGAGAGACCAUCAUCACCAACGACGGUCACACCAUGCUCAAGAGCAUGGCUGUCAUGCACCCCACGGCCAAGAUGCUCGUCAACCUGGCCGGUGCUCAGGACGUCGAGGCCGGUGAUGGAACCACGUCGGUUGUCGUCCUCUGCGGCAGUCUGCUGGGUGCCGCCGACAAGCUCCUGGGCAAGGGCAUCCACCCCUCGGUCAUCUCAGACGCUUUCCAGCGAGCCGCCGCCGCCGCUGUCGGCGUUCUUCACGACAUGUCCCAGCCCAUCUCCCUCAGUGACACGGCCUCCCUGCUCCAGGCCGCCAACACGUCGCUCUCGUCCAAGAUCGUUUCACAGUACUCCAACCUCCUCGGACCCAUGGCUGUCAACGCUGUGACCAAGACCAUCGACCUCAAGACGGCCGACAACGUUGACCUGAGGAACAUCCGCAUCAUCAAGAAGGUCGGAGGUACGAUUGAGGACAGCGAGCUCUUUGACGGUCUCGUGCUCACCCAGCCUGUGCUGAAGAAUGCUGGCGGCCCUACCAAGAUGGAGAAGGCUAAGAUUGGUCUCAUCCAGUUCCAGCUCAGCCCUCCCAAGCCUGAUAUGGAGAACACGGUCCAAGUCAAUGACUACCGUCAGAUGGACAAGAUCGUCAAGGAGGAGCGUCUGUACCUGCUCAACAUGGCCAAGAAGAUCAAGAAGACGGGAUGCAACGUGCUCCUGAUCCAGAAGUCGAUUCUCAGGGACGCCGUCAACGACUUGUCGCUGCACUUCCUGGCGAAGCUGGGCAUCCUGGCCAUCAAGGAGAUUGAGCGUGACGAGGUUGAGUUCGUCUGCAAGUCGACGGGCUGCAAGCCCAUUGCCGAUGUCGACUCCUUUACGGCCGACAAGCUGGGUUCGGCCGAUCUGGUUGAGGAGGUGCAGUCCAACGGAAGCAGGAUGGUCAAGGUGACUGGUGCCAAGGCCACGGGCAAGACGGUGUCAGUCGUCGUGCGCGGCGCCAACGGCCUGAUCCUGGAGGAGGCCGAACGCAGUCUCCACGACGCUCUGUGCGUUGUGCGCUGCCUAGUCAAGAAGAAGGCUCUGAUUGCCGGUGGCGGUGCCCCCGAGAUUGAGAUUGCGGCGCAGCUGGCCAAGCUGGCGCGCAGCCAGACGGGCACCGAGGCCAUCUGCUUCAAGGCGUUUGCCGAUGCCAUGGAGGUGAUUCCGACGACGCUCGCCGAGAACGCCGGUCUCAACAGCAUCAAGGUGGUGACGGACCUAAGGCACCGUCACGAGAUGGGAGAGAAGAACGCCGGGGUGAGCAUCAAGUCGGGCGGUGUCAACAACAACAUCUCCAAGGAGAACGUCCUGCAGCCGCUCCUCGUGAGCACCAGCGCCAUUGAGCUGGCAGCGGAGACGGUCAAGAUGAUCCUGAGGAUAGACGACAUUGCUCUGACGAGGUAA